GUCCGUCGGCGUGUGGUCCAUCAGGGUGGUCGGUCCAUCGCGGUCCAUCAUCCUCAUCCUCCUCCUCCUCCUCCUCCUCUUCCUCAUCAGGGUCCCCUGGCCGGGCCCGGGUGAUGGUGUCGUCCUGAGCGUGCCUGAGGAGAGGCCGCCCGCGGGACACGAAUGAGGAACCACCUCCUCCGGCUCUUCAAGUACCGGGGCCUGGUGUGCAAGGGGAAGAAGGCCAAAAGGAGAAAAUGGCCAAUUUCCUGAUCCGGCCCGCCGGGCCCGACGACUGUCGCGAUAUCCUCAGGCUCAUCAAGGAACUGGCUAAAUACGAAGACAUGGAGGCACAAGUUAGGCUGACCGAAAAAGAUCUGCUCGAAGAUGGCUUCGGCGAGCAUCCUUUAUACCAUUGCCUGGUUGCAGAAGUGCCAAAGGAAAACUGGACCGAGGAAGGGUACGGCAUCAUCGGCUUUGCCAUGUACUACUUCACGUACGACCCGUGGAUCGGCAAGUUGCUGUACCUCGAAGACUUCUUUGUGAUGAAGGAUUUCAGAGGUUUUGGUAUCGGUUCCGAAAUUCUGAAGAAUCUGAGUCAGGUCGCGGUCGACUGCCGCUGCAACAGCAUGCAUUUCCUGGUGGCCGAGUGGAACGAGCCUUCCAUCAACUUCUACAAGAGACGGGGCGCCUCCGACCUGUCCAGUGAGGAGGGAUGGAGGCUCUUCAAGAUCGACAAGGAGUACCUGCUCAAGAUGGCAUCCGAGGAGUGAGGCGGGCCGCGGAGCGACGGCCGGGUCCCGGUCCGCUCCGCCACAAAUAAAUUCUUCUCUUGCUUUCUACCCUGUCGUCGGGAGCAGUGAUCGCACGGCCUCCCGUUCGAAAGCUUUACUGCCGGUGGGAUUGAAACGUGUUAGUUGCUCUGGUGUUGGAAGAAAGGUCGGUCUUGCUAACCUGUUUUUUCUCAAACGUUUCGAAGAAGGUGUGCCGUCUUUAAAUGUAUAUGAAAUAAAAGCUUCAUUCUCGUGAGUCAUUUAAAUGUGUACAGUGUACACGCUGGCAUAUGGAGUUUCUGUUUUUUUUUAAAAAUAAACUGGCCUUCACUUUACUAGCA